AGAGAGAAGGGCUUUCUUCUGCUACACCUUUCUGUUUUAUAUCUUUCUCCUCUCUAUCUUCAGAUUCUAGGUUUCUGAAACCUAAAAUCUCCAUUAUUGAUGGCUAUGUAUCUUGAAUAUUCCUUACUCUGAUUUCUCUUCCAAUCUCUUGUUCAUAUAACCUCUGAAUCUUUCGAUUCUGGGUCGAUCUCUUCUUCUUAAUCAAUUGAAUGAUCUACAUAUCAUUUCUGUUUGGGAAGAUAUGAGCAACACCAUGAGACCACGAGUAAAGGUGAUGGUCUAUUUGGUGUACGACAGAGGUUGAUCAUUAACCAAAUCAAAAUUAUAUACUACUUCUUUUUCUCUCUCAUGAACGUUAUAUAUAUGUACACACACACACACAUAUAUAUAUAUUGGUAUAGCCUUAUAUAGUUUCUUAAAUCCAGAGGUGUUUCGUGGUGAUUUUUAAGCCCAGACAUCCAUUUUAUCUGUUACUGUUAACCUGAAUCUUCUAGCGAUCUGUUUUUACUUUUCGAACAUUAAAAUGGACGCUAAGAAACAAGAAAAGAAGAAAGGCGUGAAUCAUCUGAUGAAGAAGACAUGGGAGAGAUGCAAAUCGCUUGGACGUGGAGAGAAGAAGAUGACGUCAUCAUUAAGUCUUAUAAGUAUGAGGAAGAAGAUGAAAUCUUGGCCGUCGAUGGGUCAGAUUUUGCCGGAGGGAUGCAUGUCGGUGUACGUGGGGGAGGAGAAGGAAAGGUUUGUGAUAAAAACGGAGUGGGUGAAUCAUCGGCUGUUCAAGAUAUUGCUGGAAGAAGCUGAGUGGGAGUACGGUUACAGGAGUGAAGGUCCUCUGUUACUGCCAUGCAAGGUCGAGGUUUUCUACCAGGUUUUAAUGGCGAUUAAAAAUGCAUGAUUAUGGUCCAUGCCCACCAACAUCUACAUACUUAUUCCAACUCCAAUCAGUUAUAGAUGACAAGCAUAUAUGUCAUCAUGCAUGUAUAGUACCAACCACCAAUAAAGCUAUAUUAUAUAUAUGUAUGUACGUAUGUGAGUGCGUGAUAGGGAUGGUUUGUAUAUGUGGACAAUCUAUAUAUAUAAAUGGCAUCUUUGUAUAUGUAAUAUCAGU